GGAGAAUUGUAGGGAGAGACUGCAUACCUGUAGUGCUGACUAUGUCCCUUGGGGUGCAGUCACAGCUAUGUGGGAGAUUCAGGGGUAAGAGAUGGUAGAGGAGGGGGUGCUCUCUCUGUUGAGCCAGCUGAGGUCCAGAGACCACAGAGCCCUGACCCAGUUCUCAGCUUUCAUGUGAAUCGUUAUGGACAAUAAACCUGCAUUUUUACUUAACUUCAAAGGCUAUAAUUUUGAAAGAUCUUUAGUUAAAAUGGACAUAGUGGAAAAUAUGGACAAUCAUGAAAUUAGAGAUGAUGAUGUCUUCCUAGUCACAUAUCCCAAAUCUGGUACUGUCUGGACUCAGCAGAUCCUCAGCUUGAUUUAUUUUGACGGCCACCGAAAUGGCACUGAAAAUAUAUCAACAAUAGACAGAGCGCCAUUCUUUGAGUACAACAAUCACAAUUUGGACUUUGACAAAAUGCCAUCACCUCGCAUCUUUGCUUCCCACCUCCCAUAUUAUUUAACACCAAAAGGACUCAAGAAGAAAAAAGCCAAAAUCCUUUAUAUCUAUAGAAACCCUAAAGAUGUGUUGACUUCUUAUUUUCAUUUUACAAAUUUGAUGACUUAUCUUCAAGCUGCAGAUAAUAUAGAAGUUUUUAUGCAGAGCUUUCUAGAUGGGCAAGUGGUAGGAAGCCGUUGGUUUGACCACAUAAAAGGCUGGUAUGAACACAGACAUGACUUCAACAUUAUGUUCCUGAGCUACGAAGAUAUGAAGAAGGACCUUAGAAGCUCGGUGCUUAAAAUCUGCAGUUUUCUGGAGAAAGAGCUGAGUGAAGACAAUGUGGAUGCUGUGGUGAGACAAUCUACAUUUCAGAACAUGAAACGUGACCCACGAGCAAAUUAUGAAGAUGUAAAAGUUGAAAUUGGGACAAGAAAUGAUGAGGGAGGAUUCCUCCGAAAAGGUACCAUAGGAGACUGGAAACAUCACUUGACUGUGGAGCAGAAUGAAAGAUUUGACAUGAUAUUCGAGAGGAACAUGAAGAACUUUCCCUUAAAGUUCAUCUGGGAUAUAAAUGAGGAGUAGAAUUUUAAUUACUGUGCAAAUUAAUAAUAUAAAAAUGUACUAACCAGAGGAGGCCAUACUUUAAUAUUAAUAUCAAUUUAUUCCUCUCACUUAAUUAUUAAUUAUAAAGGAAAAUUCAUGAACAAAGCAAUUAACCUAUGCUUAGAUUGCUUGCCAUAACAUUAAUUUUAAAGGUAGCUACUAGCAUUAUUAGUCUUCACAAAAAUGAUGUAACAGAAAGCAUAAAAGAUGGCUUAUAGAUGUCUUCAGAGACUAGUCUACAGUUCACAUUUUCUUUACCUCCAAUUAAUGUAGGAUCGAAUAAACAUUAAAAAUCCAUUUAUUCUUAUAGUUAACCUUUAAUCAUUGCCUUCAAAAUCAAUGGAACUGUUAAAAUGUGCUGUGUGGAAUAGAGAUGUCAUAAUCAAACAUAUAUGCCUUUUAAAAAUAAUGUAACAGAUCUCAGUGUGCAGUAAAGACAUACAAAUCAAAGACUAAA